AAAGCCUGUCCCCGCUCCGAGCCCCGCUCAGCCGCCGCCUCCCUCGCUCUGUUCCGGGAGGAGCUCGUGGAGAGCCCACGGAAACUUUCCCGCAUUUUUCCCCGCAUUGUGUCCGGAUCCGGAGUCCCGGGGGCGGCUUGUCCUCCCGCCUCUCCGCCGUGCACCCCCCUCCUUCCCCGGUGUUCUGUCAGUCCCUCCCUGGGAGUGUUGUUGUGAGCGGGGAUCUAACAUGGCGACGGUGCCUGUGUACUGCAUCUGCCGCCUGCCCUACGACGUGACCCGCUUUAUGAUCGAGUGCGACGCCUGCAAGGACUGGUUCCACGGCAGCUGUGUCGGCGUGGAGGAAGAUGAAGCUCCUGAUAUCGAUAUCUACCACUGUCCAAAUUGUGAAAAGACCCACGGGAAGUCUACAUUGAAAAAGAAAAGAAAUUGGCACAAACAUGACACGGGACAAGCUACAGAUGUCAAACCAGUCCAGAAUGGCAGUCAAGUCUUUAUUAAAGAACUCCGGAGUCGAACCUUCCCAAGUGCUGAGGAUGUGGUCACCAAACUGGUCGGUAGUCAGUUAACAGUGGAAUAUUUUGAAGACACUGGGUUUACAGAACCAAUUCUGGUGCCAAAGAAAGAUGGCCUGGGUCUCUCUGUACCUGCUCCCACAUUCUAUGUCAGCGAUGUUGAAAACUAUGUUGGUCCUGAGAGGGUGGUUGAUGUUACGGACGUCACAAAACAGAAGGACUGCAAGAUGAAGCUCAAGGAGUUUGUCGAUUAUUACUACAGCACGAACAGGAAAAGGGUUCUCAAUGUAACCAACCUAGAAUUCUCAGACACCAGAAUGUCCAGCUUUGUUGAAUCCCCAGACAUUGUCAAGAAGCUCUCGUGGGUGGACAACCAUUGGCCUGAUGAUGCUCUCCUCGCAAAACCAAAAGUGACCAAGUAUUGUUUGAUAUGUGUAAAAGACAGCUACACUGACUUCCACAUAGACUCGGGGGGUGCCUCAGCCUGGUACCAUGUGCUUAAAGGGGAAAAAAUAUUUUAUCUGAUCAGACCGGCUUCAGCCAAUCUCUCCCUAUACGAACGCUGGAGAUCAGCUGCCAAUCACUAUGAGAUGUUCUUUGCAGAUCAAGUAGACAAAUGUUACAAGUGUACAGUUAAACAAGGGCAGACUCUUUUCAUUCCAUCAGGGUGGAUCUACGCAACAUUGACCCCCGUGGAUUGUUUAGCAUUUUCUGGUCACUUCCUUCACAGUCUCAGCGUGGAAAUGCAAAUGAGGGCAUAUGAGGUAGAAAAGAGACUGAAGAUUGUCAGCUUAACACAGUUCCCAAAUUAUGAGACAGCCUGUUGGUAUGUGGGCAGACACCUGAUGGAGAAGUUCAAAGCAUUACAUAAGUCGGGGAAGCAGCCGGUGCCUCACCUUGUCCAGGGGGCCAAAAUUCUCAAUGGAGCUUUUAGAUCAUGGACGAAAAAACAUGCUCUAUUAGAACAUGAGGAUGAACUUCCAGAACAUUUCAAACCCUCACAGCUUAUCAAGGACCUUGCCAAAGAAAUACGGUUAACAGAGAAUGCAUCGAAAGUCAACAAAGUAGACAUCAGUGCCAACACAAUUCCAGAAGUGAACAAUAUUCCAGAAGUGAAAAUCGAGAAAGAAGAACCUCCCUCACCUGUGCCAGACUCUCCUCCACCUGUGGAAAAAGUACAGAAAAAAAAGACUCCUAAGAACGAAAAGUUACCCAAGCCUCCAAAGCCACCUAAACCCCCCAAAGAGAUAAAACCUCCAAAAGUUGCCAAACUGCCCAAACCUCCCAAACCCCCUAAAUCACCUAAAAGUAAAGAAGGAGGGAAAAAGAAGACAAAGAAGGUCAAAGAUUCACCAUCUUCAGUACCAGACUCCCCUGACCUCGAUGUUCUUGAGGCCCACACUAAGGAUGCUCUGGUUAAAGUUGAAACACCAAAGAAAGUAACGACACCUAAAGAAGAGAUUAGUGUCCCGAUCAAAGAGGAAACAACUAAACAACACAACAAUGAGAUCGAAAAGUUUGAAAUCCGAGAGCAGAAUAAAAUCAAAACUGAAGCAAAGUGGAAAUACAAGAACAGCAAGCCAGAUUCCUUACUGAAAAUGGAAGAGGAGCAUAAAAUACAGAAAAGCCCAUUUUCCUCCAUUAAGGAUAGCAAAUUCAAGUUCUCCUUCACUGGCAAGAAAUUGUUUAGUCAUAAGGGAAUCAAGCCCCAGAACAGCCCUAGCAUCUUUGGAUCCUUGCAGAAUUUUAAAGAAGAUAAAAACAAGCCAAUCCGAGAUGAAUAUGAAUAUGUCUCAGAUGACGGGGAACUGAAAAUCGAUGAGUUUCCAAUCAGGAGGAAGAAAACGACAACAAAGAGGGAUUUAUCAUUUUUAUCAGAUACAAAGGAAAUUCCUCCUCUUGUGCCAGCCAAGAAACCCAAAGUCCUGGAAAAGAAGUAUAAGAGUGACGACUCCUCCGACGAGGGAUCUCUGCACAUUGACACAGAAGCGAAACCAGCCCGAAAUUCCAAAGUGAAGAAGGACAGCACAAGUUCUGGGGGCAUUCUGGACCUUUUGCAAGCAAGUAAAGAAGUUGGUGGCUUGGAUUAUAAUUCGAAUAGUCAGCCGCCCGCAUCCCCAAGCACACAAGAAGCAAUACAGGGCAUGUUGUCGAUGGCUAACUUGCCUUCUGACUCCUGUCUACAGACGUCAUGGAGUACAAACCAGUCUAAAAAUAACUCCAUAUCAGCCCAAAACUCAAAGAAAUCAGGCAACAACAAGUGUACAAGCAAGCGGGUCAGCAAGAAAGCCACCAAGAACAACAUCACAGCGGACGACUACGAGGAGGAGCAGGACAACCUGGGAGCGUGCUUUAAAGACUCCGACUUUGUUUACCCAUCUCUCGAGUCAGAUGAAGAUAAUCCUGUGUUCAAAUCCCGUUCACGGAAGAGAAAAUGUUCUGAUGAUGCUCCAUAUAGCCCCACAGCCAGAGUUGGCCCCUCCAUACCGCGGCAAGACAGACCUAUCCGUGAAGGUACGAGAGUUGCCUCUAUUGAAACGGGACUUGCAGCUGCUGCAGCCAAGUUAUCCCAGCAGGAGGAAAAAAAAGUCAAGAAGAAAAAGAAUACAAAAAAGAAGCUUUCACCUAACAACACAAAUAAACUUUGUCAGGAAAGCAGUUCUCCUGAAGCCACAAAGCUGGAAUCUCUGGACACUAGUCUAACAGACCACGAGUACACGGCCGGUGUCAGCACGUUUGGUGUAGCCCAAGUAAACAGAGGGUCUCAGCCUAUGGCCCCCGGGGUGUUCGUCACACAAAGGAGACCGUCUGUGUCUUCCCAAAAUAACUCAGCUGCCAAAGUUUCCGUCAUUUUCCGUCAUUUCCCGUCAAUCUGCACUCAAUAACCCAUAAUGACUAAGUGAAAACAGAACGUAAACGUACAAAAAAAGGCAUGGCAACAGCUAAACAGAGGCUUGGGAAGAUCCUGAAAAUCCACCGGAACGGCAAGCUUCUCCUUUAGUGUUUGUAAACAGACAGACUUUUACAUUCUUCUCGCGGCUCAUGGACUUGAGCUGACACUAAACCUUGAACUUUCGAAAGGACUGCAGUGGCGCUCUGCAAAAUGUGCUAGGAGGAACCCACCCCGCUCUACCUUCUACCUUCCUGCCACCACUUUAGUAAUUCUUUUUAACUUCCAGCAAUUGACAUGUACAGAAUACUGCUAAUAUUUUUUAAUAAUAAUAAUAUUGUCCUUUCUCAAAUUGCUGAGAGUGACUAGUUUGCAGGAAAGAAGAAAAUGAAAAAAAAAAAAAAUAUAUAUAUCUAUAGGAUCAUUCCAGUCUUAGGAACGAACCCACUUAAACCUGGUCAAUGAGAGGAACAUAAAUGUGUUGCUUGUUUUUUUUUUUUGUUUUUGUUUUUUAAAUCUUGCAACCAUGUUACAGACAUACAGCACACAAGAUGGCGGCUGCAUCUGGUCAGGAACCCUUCCCUCAUAGACUCCAGGCAUCCCAGGCUUAGUGUCUCGUGCUUUGUAUUAUCAUUCUGUCAUCCUUGUUCUAGUGAGCUGGUCCAUUAUUGUCAAGGUCUUUAGUUAGUGUUACUCAGUGACGGUAGUUUUGUCCACCAAGGAACCAUAUAUGAAAGCAUUUGCUUCUACAUCUACCAUACAUUUCCUUUUUUCUAUAUUUUGCUGUCUGGCUUGGAUCUUUGGCACAUUCAUAUACCCAAGGUAAACUAUAAAGACCUGCACUCGGGUCCCAUGAUGAUAUUUUAUGAAUGGAUUUUGCUUACUUGCACAUUUACACACUACUGCAUACAUUUUUAUGUGUACAGGUUGCAGGUGUAAACCAUGUCCAUACAUACAUAUUCAAACAGCCAUGGUCCCCAGAAUGCAAGGUGAGGUGCACAGUUGCCAAUUGGGUGUUUUAAAAUUAAAGAAUUUGUCCUUUUUAUUAGGAUUUUUUUCAGGAAAAAUAUCUAGUUUUGCAGUCCCAUUCACCUAGGGAUCAGCUGCAAUGUCAAACAAAACUUAUGGACAAGAGUGAUGCUGUUGCCAGAAAAAAUCAGAUAAAAAAAUUUGGCUUUUCAUUUCUUAUACAGGACAAUGUAGGUGUGGAAUUCACACAGAGCACCACUAUUUCUUUGGACUUAGGUUGAUAUUUAUGAAGAAAGGUCAAAUAUAAAAUGGAAGAAUUAACGUAUUGACCAAAUUUCCUUUUCCAUCAUCAUGAAAAUUCAUACUUCAAAGGCUGGUGCUAGGUAUCAGCAACUAAGUAGGCUUAUGGACAUACAAAUAUCUGGAAUAAAGGUCAAGGGACAAGACGUCUAAAACACCUUACAGACCAACAGUAGGGGAUGUUUCUUUAAACUGGAAAUUUACAGGGGUUCUCUGUCUAUUAUUUAUAUAGCCAAACUACUAUACAAUUCAUAUCCAACCACGGACCUUGAAAUGCACAGCUAGGAGACUGUUCUUUCAUCAUGUUCUUAUCAGCAAGAUGCUUACUUAAAUGACUAUGGAUGAAUGCAAUAGUUGAGAAUUUAGGUCUGUAUUAGAAACAUUUUAUGGUCACCAGUCUUAAGCAUAAGCUAUUUAUAUGCACAUGAGAAGCAGCACUAUAUCUUUCCAUUACAUAACUCGUAAAUAUAAUUUUUUUAUCCGAAUUCUGCAGCUUUUUGAUUGACCCUAAGCUGGUGGGGGAGAAACUAGCCUCUGGGGUGUCUCCCAUACACUUCACACACACAGAAGAGGAAUUCCAGUUUUUCUAUAUCUCUAUAACACUCCUGCAGCAGCAGCAUGGAGGACAUUAUAGAGCACUACUGAGUAGUGGAAACUGUAAAUCCAGCACUGAGUGAGAUAUAACACUUACUAGAGGUUUCAACAGUUUCUGUCUGUUUCUCUCCUUGCCUCUGUCUCACUUUGCAGCUGACUCCCCCUCUCCUCCCCAUAGACAAUGAUGAGUUUUAGAGUGAGGUGGAAGCAGGAAAGGAGUCCGAUAUCUGGAGAAAGAGGCAUUUGUCUCUAAUAAGAUAUAUUACAAAGUUUCUUAUACUAUUGCACUAUUGAUUUAUGUAAGGGUUGUUUAAAGAUUAGUUACCAUAUAAGUGAAAACUGUAGAACCUCUGUAACUCCAGUUUGUGAAAACCCUUGUUAACACUAUUCAUGAGAUGUGUAAAAGCUUUCUUAAAGAUAUAUUCGUUUUUAUUGACAGAUUUGGGGUCGCUAAAUUAAGCUACAUUAGUUACAUUAUCACUUUUGUUACGCUCUACUUCUGUAUCAUUUGCUGUCUAAUUUGGUUUUAAAGCCAUAAUAUGUUUUUUUUUUCUUUUUCUUUUUUUUUGACCUGUGCUUACGUAUAGUGCUAGAAUCUGAAUGCAUAUUAAAGAACACUCUCUGGGAAAGAGAUACAGUCUUAUGCCUAGUCCAGGGUUAUAGGGGUCAGUGAAUGUCACAGGGAUUUUUUUGAAUGCUCCGCACCCUCCGGCCCUGAACUAGGGAUAACAUAGUAUCAAUAUUACCUGAAGUAUUCUUUUAAGGAAUUCCAAUUAGCAAAUUACAAGACUUAUUAUUGCACUUACUAUACUAUAACAUAGAUGUAAUAAUCUGUCCAUACAAUGAAAAGAUUUUCUAAGUAUUUGGACAGGCUUUAGAUACUCAUCUAAUUUUAAGGCCAAAAACAUAGGAGUUGUAUUGGAGAAUCAUGUUUUUUCCCUGACCUUUAUAUUAUAAGACAUUGCCAGCAUUUAUUUAUUGAAAGACUUACACAGCAGGACAUUAGAUAGAUUUAUUGCAUAGGAGCCCUUCUUCAGUUUUCUGUCAGCCAUGUCCGUCACUGGAUAUACCAUCCUUGAGAUUGCUGUGUUUUGUGGUAACACAUACAUGUCUGUUCCGGUAUUUCUAGUGCACUGUAAAUAGGGACCACAGUGCAACAUUGCCUAUGUUUCAUUGUUUGUACACUUUACCAGGAAGAUAAUCAGAUAUUAUUCAUGAGACUUUUACCAAUGAAAUCUGAUAGGUUUACCUGUCUUCUGCCAUUUUUAGCCUGGUCAGAUUACUCCUGGCUAUUAUGACAAUGCAUGAGACAUGUGUAAAUCUGGACAAUUAUUAA